AUGAAUUCAUUGGAAAUUCAACAACAGUUACUUGAUCAACGACGUGGUCGUUAUGUCCGUGUUAGUGAUAUUGAUCGGCGGCAAUUAAUUGAUACAUAUAAAAAAGGCGAAGAUUUUAUUGCACUUGCUAAAAAACUUAAUAUUAAACGAUCAACAGCUCGAAGUAUUCUCCGAACAUAUAUUGAUGAAGGACGUGUAUCAGCAAAACAGCGUGCUGGUACACGUUUACGUUUUAUAACAGAAACAGAAGCUGAAAUGAUACGAGAUAUGAAACGUCGUCAUCCAUUAAUAACAAUUGGUCAAAUUCAAAUGCGUCUACAACGUACAUCAAAUCGUGUUUUAAGUAAAGCAUCUAUAUCACGUAUAUUAACAAAUAGUAUACGCUUGGGUAAACGUGCUAAACGUUCAGUGGACGGUGAGGCUGAUGAACAAGAUGAGAUAAAUAAUAAUAAAAUAAUAAUGAAUGGACAUGAUGAACUUAUGCAAUUAUCAUCAGAUGAAGGUGUAGCUGGUGCUAUUUAUAUUGAUGAUGAAGAAGAUGAUGAUGAUGACGAUGAUGAUGAUAAUAAUAAUAAUGAUGUUGUAGAAAAUAAUUCAUCAAUUCAAAAUCUUGAUGAUUUUCAACGUUUUAUGUUACGUAAAACAAGUAUUAAUGGAGAUGAAUCAACAGAACAAUUUGAUGAAAAUGGUAAUUCUACAUAUCCAGCGUAUCCUAGUGAAGAUGAAGAUGAACUAUCAGAAAUGGACGAAAAUGAAACAAAAUCUUCAAUUGAUCUUCCAUCACAUAUUCCUUCAAAACAACCUACGAUUGAUGAAAAUCCUCCAAUUUCAAAUAGAAACGAGAAUUGGACUCCAGUAAAAUCUGAACCUGUUUGUGUAUUUGUAAGUCGUACAUUUGAUUCGUCUGAUAGUGAACAUCAAGCUAAUAUCGAUGAAGAAAUAGCGAAACCUCAUCUUAAUACUCAAUCCACAGCAAAUCGUCGUAUUAAAAUGUGUCCAAUAUGUGGAGAACAAAAUUUUUCUCGACUUUCUCAUCAUCUUACUGUUUCACAUAAUCUUAAUCGUGAAGAAAGUUUAACAUUACUUGCAUAUGCAGAUCGAAAUAUUAGUAAUAAUAAUAAUAAUCAUAAUAAUAACAAUUCAUCGAUAGCAACUGUAAGUGGUAGUUCACCAAUAAAUUCUUCAAUAAAUCGUCUUGAUAAAAGUCCACAACAAACUCCAAUUACUAUUAAUACAAAUAAUCAACAAAUACCAUCAUCUGAUUCAUCACAACCAAUAAAUGAUUCGGACAAUAAUAAUAAUAACAACAACAAUAAUAAUAAUAAUUCAACAAUAACAACAAGUUCAUCACCUAAUGACCAACAAUCAACAAAUUUUAUACAUAUUGAUGGUAAAAAACGUUUACUAUGUCCACGCUGUAAUACAUGGGUUUUAAAUUUAACAGAUCAUUUAAUAAAAAAACAUCAUUUAGUAUCAAAACAAGAACGUUUACCAUUUUUACGUUUAGCACGUAAUCGUCAUUCAGUAUCAAAUAUAGAAAAACCAUCAACAAAUUCAUUUUUUAUUAGUCCGAAUGAUCAACAAAUAGUUGCGACUGCUAAUAAAAAAUAUCAAAAUAUAAUAAAAAAAUAUCGUAAACAAAAUUUAAAUUCUAUACCAGUAUCAUCAUCAUCAUCAUCAUCCAUAACAACAACAACAAUAUCAAAUAAUGAAACAUCAUCAACAAAUUUCAAUCAAAAUUUAUUAACAAUAAAUAAUAAUAAUAAUAAUAUAUCAAAACAAAUUCUAACAUCAAGAAAUUCACAAACAAAUAAAGAUUUAGCUAUACAUCAAAAAUUUGAACAACGUUUAUCUGUAUUUCGUCAACAAUUUGCUGUUACAGUUGCAAUGCAAAAUUCUCUAAUGCAACAAAUGGAAAUAUUACAAAGAAGUUUUGUUUCAAUUGAAGAUGAAUGGAAUGAUAUGAAAAAAGAAAUUGUUGAAUCUAUAUCAUAA